AUGAGUGGAACCAUGCCUCCCUUGAGUGAAGAUAACACUGCUGGCCAUGGCCAUUCGGCCGACUAUUACUCUGCAGGGUCCAAGGAGUUGGCCACAGAGACCAAGCUGACCUUGUCGCGAUUAGAGCCGAGACGCAAGCUGACGAAGGAUUCGACUCUCUUGGUGAUUGUGUUGGUGGGAUUGCCUGCCAGAGGAAAAUCUUUUGUGUCACGCAAGUUACAGGCUUUCUCAAGAUGGUCGGGCUCUCAGACCAAGAUCUUCAACGUUGGCAAGUAUAGGCGCCAAGCUUAUGCUGCGGUGUCCAAGGUCAACAAGAGUACAGAAGGUGAAGCGGGUAGCUGUUCUGCUGACUUUUUUGACGCCAAGAACAAGGAAGCGAAGCAGCUCCGCGAAAAGGUCGCCAAGGUCGCCUUGGAUGAUAUGCUGCGAUGGCUGGAAGCAGACUCAGAGUCGGAUGACAGUGAAGAUCAGCCGCAUCGCACUUCCGAGGGCAAACGUCGUGGCAGUGGUUCUAGUCCCAUGGAUGCAGACUUCAUUGGGGAUUCCCGCGCCCGUGAUUGGGCCAAAGAUAAGGUCGCCAUCUUUGAUGCUACCAACUCCACUGCGGCCAGGCGUCAGUGGAUCCUCGAAGAAUGCACUUCCAAUCGAGAGGGCAAGCUACCCAUUGGGGUUGUCUUUGUCGAGUCGAUUUGUGAUGAUCAAGAACUCUUGGAAGAGAACUAUCGUUUCAAGGUGAACAACUCUCCAGAUUACAAGGGUAUCCCCGAAGAAGAGGCCAUGGCAGAUCUCCGACAAAGAGUCAAGAAGUACGAAGAUCAAUAUGAGACCAUCAAGGAUGAUUCCCAGUCGUAUAUCAAGAUCUUCAACUUGUCCACCAAGUUGAUGGUGAAUCACAUCUACGGGCGCAUGUCCAAACUAAUGGUCCCAGCCUUGAUGGCAUGGCACAUUGGCACCCGGCCCGUCUACUUGUGUAGGCCAGGGCAGACGCCAAGUGGUAUUACUUUGGACAGCGAGGACUAUGUGGCAAGCUUUGAAAAGUCACACUCCAGCCUCUCUGGCAACUAUUUGGACAUAUCUUCGCAUUCCAAUUCUCGAGGGAGAAUGUCACGCGGUGAUAGGCUUGGUCCGGCCGGCAAGAAGUUCCGCGAGGAGCUUUGCAACUUUCUGGCUGCAGAGGGAGCCGAGUUCCUCGAUCGAAGGGCAAGCACCAUGGACAACAUGCAGACCGGAACAUCCAUGUCCGGCCUUGCACCUCUCUUUCAUGAACAUAGCGAAGGUCAGGACCCUCCCUUCCCUCUUCGUGUUUUGGCAAGUACCAUGCGAAGGAGCGGUGAAACUGCUGCUUUUGAACGUUGUCAGGCCCGCAUCGAGCAGCAGUCCGCCCUGAACCCUCUAGACAAGGGGGAUUUUGCAGGCAUGGAGCUCGAAGAGAUUCAGGUGCAUAACCCCAGCUGGUAUGAAAGGCUGGAACAGGAACCUUUUCACACACGGUUCCUGGGUGGUGAGUGCUAUCGAGACUUGAUUGACCGCUUGGGACCGGUGAUCAUUGACAUAGAACAACAGGUCAUUCCGACUCUCGUUGUCAGUCACGUCAGCAUUCUGCAGACCUUGAUUGCCUACUUCCGCAACACACCUGUGGAGCAGUGUAUGUCCAUUGAAGUUCCACUGCAUACAGUUUUCAAAUUUACGCCUGUGCGAGGCGGCGGGUGGAGCGAGAGUGUGCAUCCCUUGUUGGCAGAUCCAGGGGUUGUGCUGCCCCUCGUGGCUUCCGAGUCUGAAUUCAGCCAGCUCUCACUGACGACGUCGGAAACCUCCACACCAACACAGCCCAUUUGGGGCGACCACAUGAAGUUCCGCAUGACACCUAUUGCACAGCCUAGUGAUUGA